AUGUCUCCGCUCCAGGCCGUGUUCACCACCAAGGCUCCGAAGCCUUUGCCGCAAUUCUCUCAAGCAGUCAAAUUCGGCGAGAUAGUGUACUGCUCAGGCAACAUUGGUCUCAACCCCGAAAGUUGGACCCUCGUGAAGGGAGGAGUUCGGGAGGAAACGAAACAAGCCCUAUUGAACCUAUCGGCCAUUCUCGAAGAGGCAGGGAGCAGCAUCAACAACAUCAUCAAAAUGAAUAUAUUUCUGACCACGAUGGACGAUUUUGCACUGAUGAACGAAGCUUUUGAUGAAGUUGUCAAAAGCGAGACAAAACCCUGUCGCACAUGUGUCGCAGUCUAUCAACUGCCACUCAGUGCGGCAGUAGAAAUCGAGUGUUCGGCCUUCCUGAAUACAUAA